UAUAUUGCACUAUGUGUCCACGGACGUGGAGUUGAGUGGGACAGACUUUGUGUUGGCAGCGCGGCUGUUUGUCCUCCUGUCAUCUCUGUCUUAAAGGGACCCAGCAGCGGGAAUAUAAAGCAGCUCUCAGAUCAGUCUGGACCCGAGGAAGCUUUUGUCCCCGCGAGUGACCACAGUCUUGUCAAACACCUGAUCCUGUAAAAGAAAACCAAAAAAAAAAGCAAACAAAAACAAGAAACAUGACUGACAUAAGUGAUGUUCUGGACGAUGGCUCUUUCAUGUUCACGUCGGAGUCCGUGGGAGAGGGACAUCCAGACAAAAUCUGUGACCAGAUCAGCGACGCGGUCCUGGACGCUCACCUGAGGCAGGACCCAGACGCCAAAGUGGCCUGUGAGACGGUGUGUAAGACCGGCAUGGUGCUGCUCUGCGGCGAGAUCACGUCCCGAGCCAACGUGGACUACCAGAAGGUGGUGAGAGACGCCAUCAAGGAGAUCGGCUACGACAACUCGGACAAAGGUUUUGACUAUAAGACGUGUAACGUGCUGGUGGCUCUGGAGCAGCAGAGUCCAGACAUCGCUCAGGGCGUCCACAUUGACCGACAUGAGGAGGAUAUUGGAGCGGGAGACCAGGGUCUGAUGUUCGGUUAUGCCACAGAUGAAACCGAGGAGUGCAUGCCUCUCACCAUCAUGUUAGCCCACAAGCUCAACGCAAAGAUGGCUGAGCUCAGACGCAACGGCACCGUCCCCUGGCUGCGUCCCGACUCCAAAACACAGGUGACAGUGCACUACGAGCAGCAUGAAGGCGCCGUCAUCCCCAAAAGAGUUCACACCAUCGUGGUCUCUGUCCAGCACGAUGACUUCAUCUCCCUUGAGGACCAGAGGGAAAUCCUGAAGGAGAAGGUGAUCAAUGCUGUGGUUCCUGCUAAAUAUUUGGACGACAAGACCAUCUACCACCUGCAGCCAAGUGGACGCUUCGUCAUCGGAGGACCUCAGGGUGAUGCUGGCGUGACGGGAAGGAAGAUCAUCGUAGACACAUACGGAGGUUGGGGUGCUCACGGAGGUGGAGCGUUCUCCGGCAAAGACUUCUCAAAGGUGGACCGUUCGGCUGCGUACGCCGCACGCUGGGUGGCCAAGUCUCUGGUCAAAGCCAAACUGUGCAGGAGAGUUCUGGUUCAGGUGUCUUAUGCUAUCGGAGUGGCCCACCCUCUGUCCGUCUCCUUGUUCACCUAUGGCUCCUCCAAGAAAUCAGAGACAGAGCUGCUCCGUAUUGUCAACAAGAACUUUGACCUGCGGCCAGGAGUCAUUGUCAGGGAACUGAACCUGAAGAGGCCAAUCUACCAGCAAACCGCCUGUUAUGGCCACUUCGGCCGACCAGAGUUUACAUGGGAGGUGCCCAAACCGCUCGUCUUCUAAAUCUGCCACAUCUGCUCGCCCUGACCAACAACUGUUUGUGAGCUACCACCGCCAACCCCAGCUGCUGACAGAUGAUGUUUAGAACCCCCCCCCCCCAAAAAAAAACAGGAAGAGAACCAAAGCCAAACAGAGCGAUGAGUUAUCCUUAAGGAGAUGAGAGGAUAAUCAUAAAAAGUGGUUUUAGCCAAACGGAUGUUAAGUGGGACUUUCUCCCCAAACGAGAAGAGAGACAUUGCAGAGUAACUUUCUUCAGGCGUUAGCUGUAGGAAGCUGGACUCUCAUCCAAGAGGAUCCCUCAGUUCUGACUGUUAGAGAAAUCCAGGUAUUUAUGAUGCGUUCUAGUUGUAGUCGGCGGUUUCAACUGGAACGCGCCCCUUAUGUCAGAAACCUCACAAACCCUAACAGAGGUUUCACUUAUGUCUUAUUUGUUUCACAUUAAAUCUGCUCGACUGUGAUGCAUUCACUGACGCUCGUAAAAACCCGCUCGCUCCCAGCGCUUGCACACACAUACACAUCGCCCUGUCUCUAAUAUUGGAAAGGGACAAUGUGGCUUUCUCCAAAUAUUGAUGGGGACAUGGGGACCGCUGUCCAUACACACAAACCUACACCCUUGGUUUUUAGUUAUAUUUUAACGACCCCGCUAAGCUCCGCUCCCAUUGGCUCCCACGUAAUUUGAUUUGAUUUGAAUUUGUCAACCUGGAGGGGGACGUGAAUCCACUCAGUCGCUACUUUAACUCCUCUGACCCAGUUUCAGGUUGUUGAUUCUCGUGAGAUGCCUGAUAUAGUGUCCUGGACCACCUCCUCUGUUGCGUGAUGGUUCCUCCUUCUCCUUUCAAACCAUGCUGGCCAGAGAAGACAGUUGUUGCUCUCGUCACGUAUUCAGAAUUAGAGGUUAAAUACUUGUAAAUGUGCACCAGUUAGUCAGAAGUGGAGAAGCCUCUUGGAUGAGGUGAAACGUCUUAAUCUUAACUCGAGCAAGUCCAGUUUACCUACAGCUGAACUCCUGAAGAUGACUGAGAACCGUCACAGACGUCUCAGUAAACAAUUGCUACCUAACAUAAAAAAAAAACAACAACAUCUAAUUACUGGUGCUUUAGAAAUAUAGAAACUAUCACCGUAGUCACAGCUCGACCUUGGUUAUGUAAAAGAAUGGCAGAAAACACGAGCAGCAUUUAGUGUUUUUCGUGAAAAGCUGCGGGUUCUUUUUACGAUGUUCACAAAACAACCACGGUGCUUUAUUUUGUGAUGUCAGUGGUGUAAUUAUUGCUAAACCAAAGGCUUGGCUUUAGAUGGAAAUUAAUUUAAUUUUUAUUUUGUACUAUAAAAUGGUCUCUUUUUUUUAAGGAAACAAAAAGUCUUAUUUUGUAACGUGUGUUGUUACAACCACCGGACAAAUCCUUUUUAACGUUAGGACUCUUUUAUCUCUUAAAUGAUGCUACAAUUAAAAUGAAAUCUGAAGUAGCCGUUCAGUCUUAUGUUUUCUCAACUCAUUUUGUUCUCAUAUCAACUCACUGUUGGCUGUUUUUUUCUUCUGUUAUUGUGACUCACUUACACAAAUAACACAAGUUACACAUCUGUUCAGCCUCAAACAUUGAACCACUAGUGUCUUACAGCUGCUGCACUUUGUUUUAAGGUUAAGUUAAUCAAGUUAAUAUCUGACAGAGAAACAUUUCCUCUCGCUUCACUUCUUCUUUACUUUGGAGGUUCUUUAAGUAAUAUUUUGUUAUUCUAUGUGAAGUUUGCUUUACCCCCCAAAACAUCUUGUAUAAUGUACGAGACAGUCUUUAAAAAAAGGUGUAUUUGUGAAGAUAUUUCUCAAUAAAUAUAAAGAAUAUUGAACUUAAAUCACAGUAAUUGUUCUCCCGGAAACACAGGAAGUAGAGGUUUUCAGAGGUUCACGUGGCAACAAUCCAGGCUCGCUUCUGCAGCCAGCAUUGUUUUUGUAAGAGAGGUUUUCCUCUGUUUAAUGUGUUAAUCUUUGUCAUAUCCUACCCACUUUGUUGCCAGAGAAACUGGACAAUGUAAAUAAUUAAAAACAAUUAAAGAUAUAAACUCUUGAUGUGGACCUCUACAUGUGCAUGGAGUGAAAAAUAAAGAUUCUUUUCUUUUAAGCUUCA